UUUAAAAUCGAAAAAAAGAGCAAGCAAAUUUCAAAACGUUAUUGCAGACAAUUUGCGCGCGCCACAAAUGAGUUGGGUUAACCACCUCGGCAGGCUCGUCAACGGCGUCUCAUUAGUGGCCAAAGAAAUUGCCAAUCGUUCACAAGCAAUUGAGAGUGCAAGAACAGGAGAUUUUGAAACCCUAAUUACUUCAUCACUUAAAAAAGCCAUAGUUACCGCCACCGACAUAUCGGGUCUGACGAAAGGAACCGUUCGCGAGGUGUCCAACCCUAAGACCAAAGAAUCCGUCGUUUAUUUUAAUAAUUAUGCUGACGUGGCCGAUACGACAGCUCCUCCGGAACAACUACGGAGUGAUGAAAAUGAAUGUGGUGUUGAUGAAUAUGUAUCAUCUACUAGCGGUCUUUCUUGUGAUUCGGAGAAAUCGGAAUCUGAGGUUGUUGAUUAUUCUGUAGAGAAGGAAGAUUCUGUUAGAGAAUGUAAUUCCAAUAAUAUGGGUCCUAAAACCAAUGUUGAUGUUAGGGGAGAAGUUCAGGUGGCGCCAGAGAAGAGGCGAAGGCCGAGAGAAAGGAAAGUUCCUUCCACGCCUUUUUCUAGAUUAAUUGGGUUUGCUGGUCUAGGAGCUGGUCUUGCAUGGGGAACAAUUCAGGAAUCAACCAAGAGGAUUGUCUAUGGUACACCAAGCUCAAAAGACAAGCAAUCAGCACUUUCACCGUUUUUAUCUGAUAAAAAUGCGGAACGCUUAGCUCAGGCAUUAUGUAGAAUGCGUGGAGCAGCGCUCAAGAUAGGGCAGAUGUUGAGCAUACAGGAUGAAUCUCUUGUUCCUGCUCCGAUCUUAGCUGCACUGGAUAUUGUUCGUCAAGGCGCUGAUGUAAUGCCAAAGUGGCAGCUGAAUCAAGUUUUGGAGUCCGAAUUAGGUCCUGAUUGGCAGUCCAAGUUGACUAGUUUUGAUUAUGAACCAAUGGCUGCUGCAAGUAUAGGCCAGGUCCACAAAGCUGUCACAAAGGAUGGUAUGCAGGUUGCAAUGAAAAUUCAAUACCCUGGAGUUGCAGAUAGCAUUGAAAGUGACAUUCAGAAUGUAAAAAUAUUGUUAGACUAUACAAAUCUAAUUCCAAAGGGACUUUAUCUUGAUAGUGCUAUGAAGGUGGCUAGAGAAGAAUUAUCUCGUGAAUGUGACUAUGUACUGGAGGCAGCCAAUCAGAAACGUUUCCGUGAUAUGCUUUCCAAUUUGAAAGGGUUUUAUGUUCCGAUUGUUGUAGAGAAUAUUUCAAGCAAAAGAGUUCUAACUACAGAACUUGUUUCUGGUAUUCCAAUUGACAAGGUGGCACAACUAAACCAGGAAACUCGUAAUUAUGUUGGGAGAAAGUUGCUGGAACUCACUUUAAUAGAGCUGUUUGUCCACCGCUUCAUGCAGACUGACCCUAAUUGGAGUAAUUUCUUAUAUGAUGAGGCUACAAAAACGAUCAAUCUCAUUGACUUUGGUGCAGCUCGAGAAUAUCCUAAAAGCUUUGUUGAUAGUUAUCUAAGAAUGGUUCUGGCCUGCGCAAAUGGUGACAGAGAUUCUGUGAUUGAGAUGUCAAGGAGAAUUGGGUUCCUAACAGGAAUGGAAAAUGAGAUAAUGUUAGAGACUCAUGUGCAGGCAGGUUUUGUUGUGGGAUUGCCAUUCUCAAAGCCUGGAGGUUAUGAUUUCCGCGCCUCCAACAUUACCCAAAGCAUGUCAAACCUCGGGGCAACAAUGCUGAGACACAGGCUCACACCACCCCCUGAUGAGGCAUACAGUCUUCAUCGGAAGCUUUCAGGUGCUUUCUUAGCUUGUAUUAAGCUGGGGGCUGUUGUUCCAUGUAGAGAACUUCUACUCCAAGUGUACGAUCAUUAUGAUUUUGGAGAAAAUAGUGGUGAGAAAUUGUCAAGCGGCUCACUUUAAUAGGUAUUGUUUAAUUAUUCAAGGUUUAAUAAUUUGGGAUGAAACUAAUCUAGAGUUUAGCAUACACAAUAUUUGAAUCAAC